GUUCUUUUUAUUGUGCUAUACUUCUAUUCUAAAUUUAAUUUUAUAUAGUAAAAUGCAUAGGUAAUUGAAUUUUUGUUAUGUAUUUUGGCAGUAAUAUAUAAAGCUCUUGUGACAAUUUGUGUUCAAGUUUCUUUGUGAACACACACUUAAAUUUCUUUUGGGUCAACAGAAGUUGAAUUACUAGGUUAUGGAGUUCCGUAAAUUUAACUCUGUGAGAAUCUGCUGAACAGUUUUUCAAAGUAGUUGUGCUGUUUUUACAUUUCUGUUAUAUUCUUCUAUAUUUCUUAAUCCUUCAAGUUGAAUCAGUAUAUAGAUUAUUAAACUGCAUCUAAUUUGGCUUAACAGAAAACACCUUUUUUUAGUUACAUAAGGACAUAGAUAGUAAUGCUACCUAAGUAGUCUAGGCAAUUCUCUUAACUACUAUCAGUUCUACUGUUUUUCAAAAAUCUUUGAAGAUAAUGUUAAGUGCCUAACAAGAGUCAUUUUUCUCUGACAUAACUAUGUAAAAGCACUUUGAAAAGCAUGAGGCGCUGUACAAGAGUAGGAUAGUAUAUUUUUAAAAAUACUGAACUGUAACCUAAUUCCAUAUUUUUUGUAAUUUCUAUCAUGUAUUUUCAAACAAAAGCAUACAUAGCUACCAAGUAUGUUGAUUUUAAAAUUAUUCCUAUACAUCAUAAUUCAUUCUUAGAAUGAAGAGUUAUUAUAUUGAAGUGUAACGGUUAUUCACUACUUACUUAUUUAUACCCUAUCUUAUUUUAAAAAGUUUUAAGGUACUUUAGAGAUUAAUUUAUGAAGAAAAAUAGGUGCUCAGAUGUUUUCUGUCUUGUCCACAGAGGGGCACUGUUGGACUAUUUAGAAAUCAAAAACCAUAUAACAUUUAUUUUUUUGUUCAUGGUUAGAAACACUUGCUUUUAAAGUAGUUCUGGUGCUAAAGGACUGGUCUUUCUACCAUGAAGCAUAUAAAGGGUUAAGCUUAGUGAAAACUGUUAUCUUAAGUAUUGUUGGGUUAAUGAGAACACAGUUCCGCAAACACAUCUUUUUGUAGUCAUAGUAUUUACAAUGAGCAAAGUUCCUUUGCUAUCACAAAUAGCCCUUUGUAAAAGCUUCUUGAAAGUGAAAUUAAACCCUCAACUUUUCUUUUAGUUCUGUCUUUCAUCUUUCCUUUUAAUUUGUUGAUAAAUCUUCCUCAGAUAAAACAAGAAUAUCUACUUAUGAUGAUGACAACACUGUUCUUUAUACAUACGACACAAAACAUAAAUUUGCAAAUGAAACAAAAACUGAGCAGGAACCGAUUACUGUAGCUGAUGCAUCCUGUAAUACUGAAGAGCAACCGAAGUCAGUGUAUGAUGUCCUUACCUAUUGCCAGGUUAUAUAUGAUGCUAUCCAAAACCUGGAUAAGAAGAUUGAUGGCAUUAGCAAAAAAGUUUCAAAAAUCCAACGUUUCAAUGCAAAAGCAGGGUCGACGAAUCGCAAGCCAUCUGGCUUUGGAUAUGGAUAUGCAUACAGAAAUUAUUCUUGCCUGCUUGCUAAAAAGCUUAAACUCCAGAAAAUGAAGAAAAGUCAGGCUUACGAGACAUUCUCCUACUCUCAAAGUUAUAGUCCCACUUCACCGGUGGCAGUGCGGGCAGAUGAUUCCCAGAGCAACAAUCCAGCACCAUCCUUUCACAUGGAAGAAUACCAGCGAGCUGAGCCGGAGGAGGACCCAGUCCUCAGCUGUACUCCGAGUCCAGUGCAUCCCUCAGACCACUCUGAGCAUGGUUUUCAACCGUCUUAUGCAUCUGAUGGUGCAAUGCCUGGCUCUUCACGGCCCUACCGUGGCAGCACUAGGGUUAACAGCAGCCAAGGCAAGUACUCACCUGACCGCUCUUUUGCAGUACCACUUUCAGUUAUAAGUGUACCAGUGGACAAUGACAUGUAUUUAGAGGACAACUUCAUUAAGCACCCUGCAACAUGGUCGGUGGAAGCAGUGGUCCUAUUUCUGAAGCAAACGGAUCCUAAGACAUUAUCCCCUCUUGUCGAUCUCUUCAGAAACCAUGAAAUUGAUGGGCAGGCUCUGCUCCUACUCACGAGCGACGUGAUGCUGAAGUACUUGGGUCUGAAGCUGGGAACGGUCAUGAAGCUAUGCUACUACAUUGAACAACUUAAACAAGGAAAAUGCUUUCAAAAUUAAAAAAAAAUCGUUGUACAAAUUUAGAUUGGGCCAACUUCCAGAGAUACCAAUGCCUUAGUAGUGUAGAAUCAUUUUCUGCCCUUUAGUCAUUUUUGGUUUUUAGAAAGUAUCUCUCAAAAUAUAGCCAGAAUUGUAGAACUAUGUUAUAGUCCAGUCUACUACUUUCAAAACCAUUUAACUGCUAGAUAAUAUUAGAAUAGUCCAAUAGGAAAUUCAUUCUUUAUAGGUCUUAAAAAUUACUCUUAUUAUAUUGUUUACAAAUAUUUCAUGCAAGAAAUGGAAAAUAAACCCCUUUGAUUCUGGUUCAUCUUUAUACAGAGAACUAAGACAGCUAAGAGAGGUAUUAUCAGGGGUUGGCAACUUCCAUGAUGAAAUCUAUGGGGAUUUUUCCUCAGAAGAGAAUUUAAAGGUGUACCCAUAGAUAGCUCUUUCUGAAGUAUUUUGUCUGUCUGAUGCUGCCAUGUUCUACCAGUUUCCAGAAAGAGAAUAGUCAUAUAAGUUAUUUUUCUUUCUGCUAUUAUUUGUCUACAAGUUUUACUCAGUUUUAGAGAAAAAAAUAAGCUUAAAAACUUUUAUGAAGUGCUCUUAACAGUUUUUAGAUAAACUAUAUGAUAGAUAGAAUGGUUAUUUAAUGCAAGAAAUAUAGUACAAGGGUGGUUUCAAUAAAGUCUGACUACUUUUCCUCCAAAAAAACUAUUCUUCUAAAACUUCCAUAUUUUGGCUAAGUUUGGACAUUUAACUACACUUUCAUUGUUUGCACCUCUCUAUAAAGAUACCUCUGUCUAACCUUUUAAGAUAUAUAACCUUAUUUUAUGUGUUUAUUCUUUAUAUAGAUAGUAUUUUAUAUUUUAUUCUAACCUGAAAUAUACACACAAGUAAUUUUUUUUUAAUUUAUAAUGGCAUUUUGUAUUCCCCCAGAGGUAGGAUGAGCCAUAUAUUUGUAAGAUGUUUUAUUUUGUGAAAUCUAAGUGGAUAAUUUGCCAUCGUUAUUACCUCUCAACUUGCGUUUCAGAGGACAAGAAACAAUCUGUGGAUUGGUUUCCAUACAGGGAAGUUCUCUGUCCUAUGGAAUAUUUCUAAUUUGCUUAGUUCUGAGCCAUUUAUCCUGCUACACUUUGAAUGAUACAUUAAUUCAGACUAAUGUUUGAGGGCUUUAUUUUGUAAGUUAGAACUUUCAAGUGAAACAUAUUCAGCACUAUUAUUUCAUUAUAAAUGUAUAACAUGUUUAUUACAUUGCAUAACAAAUAAAAGGUUUAUAAGCUAUGAGAAUUGGUGCUGUCACCAUUAACCACUUAAAAAUGUGAAGAAAAUGUUCGUCAGGGGCAAUAAUGUACCUUUUCUUGUUAGAAAACCAAAUAUACUUUAGACACGACUGCAACUAUUUACAGAAUAGCUUCAUCUAUGUUAUUUCUUAAAUGUCAUAAGAUUCUUACUUAAACUUGGUCUUCUUUCAAAGUGUUUCUAUGAAUAUGCUCUACCCACUUGAAUAGUCCUUCGGUGUUUACAUAAAUACUAUGUUUUGCAGUUUUCAUAUUAAAAAAAAUAAAGUUAAAUAAUCUCAACGAUUCAUUUAAAGGCUUAG